AAUUAUUAUAAACCGUUGACUCAGAUUCAGUCGGGAUUCGAUUUCGGGUAGACGUUUAUUAGAGGUCCAUCAAAAUUUGUGAAAAUGUCCGCAACACGGACCCAGCUAGCCGAUUCUUCUACUUCACCACCUUUAAGUGAUUCGCGCCGGUUGGAUUAUGCCGGCUUGAAGUUCGCGUAUGCAGAUGGGUCUGACGACGAAGGGGCGUCAUUGACCUCUGAGCUGCCUUCCUGCGUCUAUGCUGCAGCCAGGAGUCGGCUGCAGCUGCCGUUAGCAGCCUACGUCCAUCAGCAUACCAGACAGCUUCAUACAGAUGUUCUACUGGAGACGUCAGCGGAACCCGAGUACCAGUGCGGAGGGUCCCCGUACAGGGUGCAGCGCGCCGCCGCCAACGUGCGCGAGCGCCGACGGAUGCUGAGGUCCGGACCCAAUGGCAGUAUAAACUCGGCGUUCGAUGAACUGCGGGUCCAUGUGCCGACGUUCCCGUACGAGAAGAGGCUCAGCAAGAUAGACACGUUGAGACUGGCCAUCGCCUACAUUGCACUGCUGAGAGAGGUGCUUGAAGCAGACUAUGACCCACUGACUUACGUCGAGAAAUGUCUUCGUGGGGAGAUAAAAGCCGAUCGAGCUCAUUGGAAUACCAGCGACUUAACUGCCAGGCUAUCGUGGAUCAAUUGGGAGAACCUCGGCGUGAACCCUCAGCGCCGCAGCGUCCUGACUUCACUCGCUCUCAGUUCCGACAAUCUUCAAUAUGGACACAACUAACCUUUGUUUGAUGUUCAGGGCUAUUGUCCACCUAAGGUUUUAAGAUUUAUGAAGCUUCACGAUCUUCAGUGGUGUAUGGAACAGUGUGGUUUCUUCAGACCCUAAGAGCCUCGUCGUAGGCAGUAUGUGCUGACAUUAGGUAAUUCCCUGGAACUGGAUCCUACACUGAUCCUAACAUUACUUUGACCACGUCCAUACCGAACAACGAAUUAAUACGCAGUUUUGUAAAGCAUAAAACCAUAUGUGGACAUGAAGCCCUAUAUUUGAAUCGUAGAUCAGCCCUACCACUAGAGGCACUAGACAUUUGCUAAGCAUAAUAUCGACUAUUUAUCUUCUAUUGUAUUAUAAAUUUGAACUAGUCAUGAUUGUAGAAGUUUAAGCACUUUUUUGGGGAUUUUAUUGUGAUAAUUGGUAUCUGACUUCGUACUAACCACACAUAAAAAAACAGUCAACAUCUAUCAUAGCAAUUCUAGUGAAGUCCAAAUCAAACCAUGACAUCUUAUGAGAAUUGUAAGUACGUUGUACGAUCAUUGGUUGCCUAUUUUGCAAAGUCAUUGAUGUCCUUAAACUUUGCUCGCACGAGUAGGUACUUCAAAAGGAUAAAAAAUACAUUUAACCUAAGAACUUCCUUUAACUAAAAGACAGUCCUAUUUAUAUGUAAUGUAGAAUGUAGAUAUCAUGGACUAGGAGUAUUUAACAACGUAAUAAAUAAACCUCCCCACUCAGAGACACUUAAUGAUUAGGUACUUAAGUCACUCCUUAGUCAUACAAAUCCUUCACUAAGGAAUGGCUUAAGUGACCAUUAAAUGUCUCUGAGUGGGGAGGUAAGAUUGGGAUAUUUUUUUAGGAGGUAGGGAAACAUAUCACGAUUUAUGUACUUACUGCAAAUAUAUUAAUGCAGUUAUUUACUGAAACCACACAGAAUUUCAUAGGUUAUAGGUUGAUCAUUUCGUAUAAGUAAAAAUUAUGAGUAUUUUCUAAAAAAUAUAUAUUUAAGUUUAUUUUAGAGUUUAGUUGCUGAUGUGCAAUAUUUAGUGUUAAGAUAUUUAAUUGGCUUGUAACUUUAAAUUAUCAAUCGAAAUAAAAGACUAUAUAUUGGA